AAAAUAUAUGUAAUCGGAUCAGCCACGGCAACACCAUGGAAAUGCCGUGAAUGUGUACAACUCGCAUUCUUAGGAAUGUGCUAAAGACGGUGCAUAGAUUUGUCCUAAUUCCCUCAUACAUGAGCACUGUUACGUGUCUGCAGCUUCCCUUUUGAUCAGUGGUAUUAGCGUUCGAUUUUCAUUUUGGAUCACUGUUCUUUGGUACCACGUCUUAUAAUACGAACAACACUGUCGGACGCGAUUUCGUUGAGCUCUCGGUUAAACUUUGAUACCAUUUGCAGUCUAGUAAAGUGGUUUAACCAUCUAAAAGUCAUAUUUGUUCUACCAUUUACCGUUACGGAACAACAUUUUGUCGUCUUGGAUUCUUUUGGUCUCGUUCUGUAAACAGUACCUCUCUUUUUCUCAUUUCUUAUCGAGUUAGUUUUGUUACCACUGUCUUUAACUCUGUAUUUUAUUAUAUAUCAUGGAUACUGGAAUCGAUAUCUUGACUGGUAUCCAAAUUCUGCAACAGACUCCACACAACACUAUUCCAGCUACGGAGGCCAGACACUUGCGUAGGGCUUCUAUUGCACUGUUAAUCGCUUUUGAUGUUCCACAGGACACUAUGCAAAAGAAUUGGGCCUAUCGAUUGGAAAGCAGUGCUGUUCCUCGAGUACUAAUCAUUCAACGAGCUGUCCGGAUAGGAGAUCGAUGGUCAGGCCAUCUUGCACUUCCAGGUGGCCGCCGAGAACCAGAAGAUGAAAGCGACAUAAUGACGGCGUAUCGUGAAACGUAUGAAGAAGUUGGUAUCGACAUUGAACUCGAACAGGGAUUCUACGCUGGAGCUCUUGACGAACGAAUUAUCACAACUAACUGGGGCUCUAAGAAUCUUAUGGUUUUAUGUCCAUUUGUUUUCAUUUUACCCCGAACUCCUCCGAUUCACAUACAAGAAAGUGAAGUGCUGGCAGCGAAAUGGGUACCACUGUCUCAUUUAGUGGAUCCCGCAAACCAAACGUUCAUUUCCGCAGAUUGUUCAUCAGCUUUAGCAGCACAGACUUCUCGAUUCCUACAACCGUUCUUUAAACUGGCUGUUGGCAAGCUACAGCAUCCGGGUAUUAAGAUUGACUUGUAUAACAAAAUUCAGCCGGAUACUCCUUCUUCCAAUACUCCAGUACUUUGGGGUAUUACACACACCCUCUUCGUGGAUCUGUUCAUGUUUUUUUCUCCUGACUGCGCCAAAGAUUGUCUCAUUUGGCAAUUGCCCAGAUUCCAGCAGCCGGACUAUCGACUAUUGUCGCUUCUUGCUAGCUUCAUUUGGUACAAACGGCAUCAGAAACAUUAUCCACAGGGCAAUUGGGUCUAUAAAAGUUUGCGUUCGUACUAUAAAUAUUUAAGAGCGUGUGUCAUCUUGGGGUUGCUCUUCCGCUUAUGCCUUUUUUCCUUCUUCAUCUACCUGGUCUACUUAGCUCGCCAUUGAGCUAGCUUUUCUUAUUCUCUGAUAAAUUAUUUCAACGACAUUUGUUCUGUUGCCCUUAACGAACCCCCUAUACAUAUAGAUGUAUAUAUCCUUUUGAUGAAUCUAAAGACAAGGAGAAUACUGUUGAGUCGAUUUCACCGAUUACCCUUAACUUGUUCCUCUUCCCUUAAGUUUGCAUGCAUAGAUUUACCCAAAAUUCAAAUAUUAUUAGUAAAAAUUAAAUAAAAUGAAAACACAUGGACCAUAUGGACUCAAUGAAAAAGCUCAGCCAUCGCAAUAUAGACUUCAAAAUCCAUAGGGAAAAAGAUUCUAAAAUCAGUGAAAAAAUGCCAAU